CACCCGCCGCUCCCUCGCUCCUACCUGCGGCGUCGGCGACGCAUCGGGCGAGAGGCGGCGGUGCAGGCUGGGCACACGGUACAUGCAGGCGGGCCGGUGUUCCGCCAGCACGUCCCCGGCGGCGCGGUGGAACGGCCGCACCUUGUACAUGGGCAUGGCGGCCCCGCACAGCGCUCCGGCCCGCCGCAGGGCCCGCCCGCCUGCCCGCUGCACCCAUUGGGCCAGACGGGAGCACGGCGCCAGUUCUGAUUGGGCAGCCCCGUUGACCAGGUGGUGUCAAGGAGUUGAAGAUUCGCUUAGGUCUGGCGGACCUUUUCCCCAGCGACCAAUGACUGUGCGGGGGCGGGGCCCGCGGGAGGGGAUCCUGAGGAGAGCAACGCGCGUCCGGCGGGUCCCGAUGGAGGCGGCCGAGUCCCGCGCCCCGCCCGGCGGGGCCAUCCGGCCCAUCGACCGCCGGUCCGUUCACCGGAUCUGCUCGGGACAGGUGGUGCUGAACCUCGGCACUGCUGUGAAGGAGCUGGUGGAAAACAGCCUGGAUGCUGGAGCUACCAACAUCGAUAUAAAACUUAAAGAUCAUGGAGCAGAACUGAUAGAGGUUUCAGAUAAUGGAGAUGGAGUGGAAGAGGAAAACUUUGAAGGCCUGACUCUGAAACAUUAUACAUCAAAGAUACAAGAUUUUUCUGAUCUAAUACAUGUUGAAACAUUUGGGUUUCGAGGUGAAGCUCUGAGUUCACUGUGUGCAUUGAGUGAUGUUACCAUUUUUACUUGCCAUAAGUCUGCAAAGGUUGGGACUCGUUUGGUAUUUGAUCACAGUGGUAAAAUCAUUCAGAAAACUCCUUUUCCACGACAGCAAGGAACGACUGUUAACGUACAGCAGUUAUUUUAUACUUUGCCGGUGCGGCAUAAGGAAUUUCAGAGAAACAUUAAAAAGGAAUAUGCCAAAAUGGUCCAGGUAUUGCAGGCAUACUGCAUUGUUUCAAAAGGAGUGCGAAUUAACUGCACUAAUCAAGUUGGCCAAGGGAAAAAAUGUUGUGUGGUAUCAACGGCUGGAAGUCCUAGUUUAAAGGAAAACAUUGGAGCAGUAUUUGGGCAAAAACAGUUGCAGAGCCUUAUUCCUUUUGUUCAGCUACCUCCUAACGAAGCUGUUUGUGAAGAAUAUGGACUCAGUGCUACUGACGUGCCACAAAAUCUUUAUAGUAUCACAGGCUUCAUUUCUCGUUGUGAUCACGGUGUUGGAAGGAGUACAACAGACAGACAGUUUUUCUUUAUCAACCAGCGUCCAUGUGAUCCAGCAAAGGUUGUCAAGCUUGUGAAUGAAGUUUAUCACUUGUACAAUAAACACCAGUAUCCAUUUGUUGUCCUUAACAUUUGUGUGGAUUCCGAAUGUGUUGACAUCAAUGUAACUCCCGACAAAAGGCAAAUUUUACUUCAGGAGGAAAAGCUUUUAUUAGCAAUUUUAAAAGCUUCCCUGACGGAGAUGUUUGGUAGUGAUGUUAACAAGCUGAAUGUCAAUCAGAAACUGCUGGACGUUGCAGGCAACCUGAAGAAGACGCUUCCUGAAGAGUCAGAAAAGCCUCGGGUAGAAGUGCUGCCUGACUCUGAUACUGAAAAUCCAGGUGGUGAAGGAAAAAGAGUGAUGACUCUUGCCAGAUUAAGGGAGUCGUUCUCCCUACAUCAAACAACAGAGAGUAGUUUUCGAAGCCCUGAAAAGGUGAAACAGCAGCACAAUUCCUCUAGACAAAUGUCACUUGAUACCACUUGGAGUACUGUAAAGACUCAAAAGGCUGUCUUGAGUAAGGGAUCUGAGAGUUGUUUUAAGAUGGACUCAAAGUUGUCAAUUCCAAGCAGACAUUUGAGAAAAUUAGAAGAUAAUAUGGAUUCUGGAUUCUCUGGCACUUGUGAGGCGGAUGCUGGAUGUAGCACGCCGGAACCUGGGAGCUGCGUCAGUGGUGGAAGCCUGAUUAAUCCUCCUGAAGAAGAAUGGUGUAGCUCAGAAGAACAGCUUCAGAAUGAAUGUCCUAAAACUGUUGGGUGUAGUGAGAAAUUAUUGGAAUGCGAUAUUCAGGUCUUGGGCACUGAACAGAAGUUCAGUCAAGUGAGUGACUGGACUAAUCAGAAUAAGGUAACUCAAGAAGCCAAUAGUUCUUCCCCAAGAGUAAAACGUUUUAAAAGCUGUAGCUUUGAAAGUGAAGCAGCUGACUUCCAGGCAGGUAAAUCUCCUGAAGUGACGAAUUCGAGGAAAUACGUGCCAAGUGUUGAUGUACUGGUGGAAGUUAACAAGAAAACUGUUCCACUGGAGUUCUCUAUGAAGGUCUUAGCAGAAAAGGUAAAAAAGGUAAUACAGCAACAACAGAAAAGUACAGAAGCACAGAAUUACAGAAGAUUUAAAGCAAAAAUUAGUCCUGGAGAAAAUAAAGUAGCAGAAGAUGAAUUAAGAAAAGAGAUCAGUAAAGAAAUGUUUGCAAAAAUGGAAAUCAUUGGCCAGUUCAAUUUAGGGUUUAUAAUAGCAAAGCUGAAUUCUGAUCUUUUCAUAAUUGACCAACAUGCUACUGAUGAGAAGUACAACUUUGAGAUGUUACAACAGCACACUGUUCUUCAAGGUCAGAAGCUGAUAGCGCCUCAGAAUCUCAAUUUAACUGCUGUAAAUGAAACUGUAUUGAUUGAAAACCUGGAAAUAUUCAGAAAAAAUGGGUUUGAUUUUGUCAUAAAUGAAAAUGCUCCUGCAACUCAAAAAGUUAAAUUAGUAUCGUUGCCAACGAGCAAAAACUGGACUUUCGGUGCACAAGACAUAGAUGAGCUGAUCUUCAUGCUGAGUGACUGCCCGGGGGCCAUGUGCAGGCCCUCCCGGGUCAGACAGAUGUUUGCUUCUCGCGCGUGCAGAAAGUCUGUGAUGAUUGGAACUGCGCUGAGCGUGCAGGAAAUGAGAAAACUCGUCACCCACAUGGGGGAGAUCGAGCAUCCCUGGAACUGCCCCCACGGGAGGCCGACGAUGAGACACGUCGUCAGUUUAGACUUGAUUUCGUCAGGAUAAGUCAGUUUCUGUCUAUUAACGUUUUGUAUUUUAAUUCUGGGUGGCAUUUUGAGCUUUUAUCAUUACUCUUUUAUUCGGAGUAAAACAAUUUUAGCCGGUCCCCCGCUGUGAAGACAGUAACCCGUGGAAGGUUCGGCAGAGCGCCCUCGUUACUCCUGUCAGGUCAGCAAACUUGACGUGAUGGCAUUCGUGUGUAAAUAACAUUUCUUUUAUUGUGCUUUAUUGUGUGUACUACUUACUUUUGCAAUCAAGACUUUUAAAAAAUAAAUACAAAUGUUUAUAUAUAAAGAUGAACAGCAGGUGAACCUCAUUUAUAGCAAACACCGAUGUCUCAGUGGAAUGUGCACUAAAUCCCUAGUAAUGCUGUAAAACAAACAUUAACUUUCUAUUUUUAUACAUCCUGUAUGCGAUCAUUUUAAAGAAAACGCAAAUCAUA